AUGAUCAAUUUGAAAGAACUGCAGUUAUAUUAUCAAAACAAUCUGAAUUUCGUUGAUGUUGCUGCAUGGAACGUUGAAAGUUGUUUUAUCACGACAAUGGAUGAUCAAGUCUCGCUUCGUGAUUUGAAUCGUUUUUUCAAACUGUGGACAAAGGAAUCCAAUCCAAAGUUGAAGGAAUUUUUCGUUCAUUGGAACACGGAGAUUGUCCCAGACUGGAAUGUCUUGCUGAAAGGUUUAAAAGGAAUAGUAAAAUAUGCACUGGAGGAAGAAAUACUCUACAUUAUCAGAAAUAAUCGUGGGAUUAGUGCCGAAAUUAAAAUCGAUCACUAUGAUGGAGACAAAGCUUCUGUCGUAUUUCUUCUUUCCGAUUGA